AGUUAUAAAAACCCCUCAUCUCCUAAGGGACUGUCUUUCUAUACUUCUGUGCUGUAGAGGAUUAGAAAUAAAACACAUGUCAUCUUAGAAGUGUAUUUAAAAAGGAAAUAAAAACAGAACUUUGCAUUUUGGGUAGGACAGGCUCACGGGAAACUUCAAACUGUUUAGAAGACAAAUUUUCUGUAUCUGGUCAGCUGCUGUACCUUUGGAGUGAAGGAUGCUGUCGGAAGGUUACCUUCAGGGAAUUGUCUACCUCUGUGAAGACCUGAACCCUGAGCUCUACAGCAAGAGUCUGGCUGAGGAAGUGGUGUAUGAAAUGAGGUCCAUUAAUUAUUCUUCCACAGAUGAAGCACAAGGAAAAAGCCUCCUUCAGAGAUGCAGAUCUGCUGGCAAGUGCAUUUCCUCAGGCCGCUCUAGAGGUAGCAAGCACAGCAGAAGGCAGAAGGAUAAUCUCUUACAGCCUACACAGCACCCUGCGCCUGCAGGGCAGCCGUCGCCAACUAUGCAUGUCUGUGAGGGGCUGACAAAAAAAGACACCUACUUGGUUCCAUCUUCCUGCAAAAGCAUUUGCAAGAACUACAAUGAUUUGCACAUAGCUGGGGACUACGUUGUGCCAAUUAGCUCAGUCACGACAGAUUUUACCUGUGACAGCGGCAUAGGCCCCUUCUUGGAGUCCUCGGAGAUUCCUCCCCCCAUGGAGUCCGUGAGGGUGCCCCCCUCUAGUGACACUAGCCGCAAGCCACUCCAAGGCUACUCCUCAUGCUGGCGGCUGGCAAGCUUAGUGCCCCACCAGCAGCCCCUCUCUGACUCAGCCCUGAAUGACUACCUUGAACAGAAGCUGGUGGAGCUGUACAAGCAGUACAUCAUGGAUAGCACAGCAAACAGAGCAUCCCCUACUCAGAUCCUGGCCUCAGAGCUUAUAAUGACUAAUGUAGAUCAAAUCAGCAUGCAGAUAUCAAAGGAAAGGAAUAUGGAGACCACCAAAGCCAAAGACAUUGUCAUUAGCCGGUUCUUACAAAUAGCCAGUGAAAAAAUAUCCUCAGAAAUUAGCACACCUAGUCUGUGUAUUUCCCAAUAUAGCCACACUAAUGCAUAAUAUUGGAAUGUCUGCCCUUAGAAAGUUUUAUGUUCUGUGAAGUAAAUUUUUAGUUUCUUACGACAUUUUUCUGCUUCAUAAAAAUGUGUUUACCAUUGCCAUCUAAAUUAAACCUUCCAGUACAUAUUAAAUAGGUAAAAAUAUUUGUACUGUACAGCCCCUAUUGUUGACCAGAUGAUUUUUUUAUUUUAUUUUUUAUUUUAAGUUUUUCCCUAAAGGGUUAUUUUAGUGAGCCUCAGACAUUAAAACGAUUUUGUAGAAAAGUGAUUAAGACCAAGGGACACUCUUCCAGGUGCUCACAUGUUCGCUUUCUUCCCCAUGUGCUUGACAUAUAAUUUCAACUUUCCUCUGUCUAGAGUCUGCCACCCCUACCCUGAGGGCUGUGUGAAGUGAAAGCUUACACCCACACAAGCACAAGCACAGCGAUGGCAAAGCCACAGAAAUACAGAAUUUAGGAUGUCUAGUUCAUCUCCCUGCCUCAAAUGGCUUUACUUAUGACAUCCCUCACAGAGGUGUUUAUAAUUCAUUCUUAAAAAUCAUUAAGGGACAGAUACUCUACAGUUUCUUCUAUACUAACCCAAAUGUUUAAUUUAUAUCUUCCCGUUCAAAAGUUACCAUCGCUUUCUGUGAGGCACAAACUCUGUUUCCAAACAGACUUCAUCAGUGGGAGCGUGCAUAUAUACCAGUUUGUUUUGCACUGAGCUGAACUAUCACAGUGGACAGUGGUGACCUGUGAUCACAAACAGAUGCCACCUUUGCCAGCUACUUACAGAGCUACAGCUGUGGAAUGGUUGUGUAGGGACAGUGAUGGUAAUAAAGAGGGAAAAGGAAAAACAACUCAACUUUGUUAAGAGAACUGCACACUGAAAAAUAAGGGUUAGUCCAAAGCCCAUUUGAUUAAUGCGAACGGUUCCUUUGAACACAGAAGAAAGCUGAAACGGACCACUAAGCAGCAUGGCUAAUCGCUUCUGUUGUUAGGACAAGGUCAUUUGAACCUCAUGUAUUUCUAACGGAAGGUCCUUUAUUGUAAAAUUUUACUAAGUCUUAAAAUGAGAAGAAAAAGAAAAUAAAAAAAAAGAGCUGCCUUGUGGCAAGGAUGGCUACCUAUCUUGAGUCUGUAAAACGUAUAACAUAUAGUCAAUGCAAAUCCACCACUGUUUGAGUUUAAGUAUCAGUAUAAUAUAAAUACUAAUUUAUAAUAAAUAUUCAUUAAAAUGUCUUCAUGUUAUUGA